GUUCUUGUGUUCUAUCAAGUCGACGACGACGACGGACGACAGCGACGAACUCGCUUUACUGACUCAUUAGAUUCUGCUCAGAGGUCUACUUAUGAUGGACCCGAGUAGUAGCGGUGAGCACCUUGCUCAAGCAAUUGGCCCACAAGUUCGCUCUCGUGUAACCGUCGUUUGCGCAGAGUGUAAACGUCUUAAACUGAAAUGCGAUCGUCGAGCCCCAUGCGGUUCUUGUACCAAGCGUGAUACGGUCGCCAGGUGUAUAUACUCUCCUGCUGCCGCUGAGAAAGUUGACCUUCACUCGCUCAACAACAGACUCAUAGCAGUCGAGUCACAGCUCGCUCAAAUAUCAGCACCAGGUGUCCGUUUUCCUUCCUCUUCCUCAUCGUCUACAACUCUCCAGUUACCUAUCCACACCGUCAACUCGUACAACCCACACGAACCCACCAUAGACCAUAUUACAGCUAUCUGGUGCGAAGAGAUUGACAUUCUAGACCCGCUACCAGUACAAUCGUCUAGUUCCGACUCACAGGAGGGGUAUAUUAAAUCUGAACCUGCAUCUCAUUCCUCCCUGCUCUUACCAUCUUCAAAUUCCCCAUCAUCCCUUCCUCUCCCCCUCCUGCUGCCUCCAAUCUCCUGCUACUAUGCCCCACAUCCGUCCUCAUCCUCUCCACCUCUUUUCAUGAAAUCCCUUUUAUCUCAUCUCCCAUUCGCCCCACGCCGCCGUACCCGCCUAUAUGAACAUGCAGAAGAAGCCCUCAGGAUGAUCCCCGGGCCCUGUUUCAGCUGGCGCGUCUGGAAAGAGCGCGCAGAAGGCAUAUGGAGGUGGGUAGAGUGUGAGAGCACAUCAUGUUCAACAAACGACUCCUCAGAUGAGCCAUCUCGUUCGGGUGCGUCGUCAACGAACACGAACACCUCGAACACUUCCUCUCGUGCACCCACAGACACCAGUAAAACAGACACGGCCCGCACCAUUUUUUUCGGCCCACCGCCUGCCCCACCACCUUCGCCUCCGCCUUCGCAAAAAGCUCUAUCCCAGACUUCAAGUAAAGCCCUUACGCCAUCCCUCCCCUUGUUCGCAUCUGUUUCGGGUGCUUUCGCGCUGGCAUUAUUGGUUGAAGAGAGCGCUGCUAGCACUAGCGCUACCCUCCACAGUUCCAGCCUCACUCACCCUGGACCUCCUUCUGAAUCAACAGGACCUGAAAGGCACGACAGGACGGGUACCUCAUCAGGGCCAAAGAAAUCAAGGAAAGAUCCGUCACCGAAAGAAAAUUUGACCUCUCCUGCACUUCUUCAUGCGUUGUCUCGGCAAGCGCUCUGCGUGUGGGAGGGUGGCGUGGCCCUGUCCAGUUCAGGGUCGAAUUCAAAUAGUGCACAUGCGAGCGAGUACGACUUGGAUUAUGUAUCUGCGAUUGUGCUUGGCGUGCUGUUUGUAGUGCUUUGCGAUAAAGGAUGUACGCCGGAGAGACAUGGAAAUGUAAGUGCUGCAGGCAAUACGAAGGAGGGAUGGAUUCUAGGAGAGAUCGGCAAACUUGUCAAUAUCGCACGUACGAUGGGGCUCAGUGUCGACCCUGAUCUUACGCCUGGCAGGUAUGGCCUAUAUGAGAGCGAGGCGCGCCGGCGGGCAUGGUGGGAUAUUUGGUGGUGGGAUGCAUAUACGUCCACUCUAUCUUCACGUGCUCCGCUCAUCCCCCUGCACGCGUUCAGCACCCGCCUACCGCUUGACGUUGACGAGGAAGUGUUCACGUCUGCGUGUACGUCUGCACCUCUCCUAAGCCCGACAGGCAAAGAGGGCGUGGGAAGGUGGUUUGGGAUGAGAGUAAGACUCGCACAGCUCGUAAAAGACAUCAACUUCCGCACUUCCCUACUAUCUUCCCUCGAACAUCCCUCAGUCCUAUUAUCCCUUGAGCAUGGCUCUCAAUGCGAAGCCGAGAUCAAGCAAUGGCUAUCAGACCUCCCACCCGCAUUUCGGAUAGGGAAUGAGGGGAUGGGCGAGGAGUCUUGCAUGCCCCCUCACUCUUCCAUGGCGCUAUCAUCCAACGCAAGUCAUGGAGGCACACCACCGACCCUCCUCGCUCAGCGUCUUGACAUAUUGAUGACGACGCAUAGACUGGCUAUGGGGUUAUACCUCCCAUGCUUACGUCCCCAUUCGUCCUCGUCAUCUCAAUCUGACGCUCACUUUAAUGUGAAACAUGAAACUAGCCUGCAGACGCAUCAAGCACGUGUAGGCGCGCUCACAGCUGCGCAUGGACUCCUCAAAGCUGGGAGACAUUUUGUUGAGCUUGCGUGUGCGCGGCCUGAUUUGGUACGGAGGAAGGACGGGCUGGGAUUAAGUCUUUGUUGCGGCCUCGUCUCUGAUGUUUCUUCAGGAUUUGGUCGGGGAGUUGAAAUGGGGUAUUCGAAAGCGUUGUUCGACGCCUCUAUCGUCUGCGCUACCAGUGCUCUCCGUGAUCCAGGGGCUGUAUGGGCACGCACGGCUGUGGAAGAUGCUAAGAUGGGUCUUGGGCUGCUUCGGGACCUUCGAGAUCUCUAUCCUGCGCUGGAUGUGAGUGUUCUGGAGGCGCUCAUCCGGAAACUCGAUUCGGGUGGUACAGGCGCCGGGAGUGGGCCCAAGAGGAAGAGAGAGGGGUGGGAUGAAGGUGAUGGCCGGGAUGCUGUUCCUGUACCUGGUGGUUCGGGUGUGGGUGGUAAUGGCGAGGAAAAUGUUCCUCUCAUCCCUGUCCCUGUCGUUUCUGCCCAGGAACUCGAGCUACGCUCUCCAUCUCAAGUUGGUUCCAAUCCCAGUGCUGCCGAGAACGCCUCGUUCACGAAUAAUGCCAACAAUGAUAAUUCGGCCUCAGAACCAAGACGGACAUACCCUGCUAUUGUCAUUCCAUCCAAGUUUCCGCCUCGGAAGGAUCGUGUAAAAGAUCGAGAUCUACUCAAGGACGGUCAACGUGAACGAGAGCGGGGGGAGAAAGAUAAAGACCGCUCAAAGGAGAAAGACAAAGACCGUAAGAAGACCUCGUACCCGUCCGUUGGGUUCCGCGUGCGUCCUGGGAAGGAGCCGUCUCCGCUUGCCAGAGUGCGGACUGCGAGCGUUGGCGCGCCUACGACAACGACAACACAGGGAAUGCUUGGUCAAUCGAUGCCGAUUUCUAGCCAGCCGAUCUCGGUGUCAGAUCAGCCGAUGCCAACGUCUGGUCAAUCGAUGUCUGCGUCCCAGCACUCGGUGAUGUCUCAGCCACCUCCCGUGGUUCCCCACCAGCCGUCUUCCCUCGUCUCAACGCCCGUUGAUCGGUCUUCCUAUCAUUCCACGCCUACUUCUAUGUCGCAAGAAGGCGGAGUCGAUUUCUCGUUACCGUUCGGGGCUGCUUACGAGCCUCAGCCUCAGCCUGCACAAAAAUUCACCCCUUAUGACUAUGCCAGUUCCUCUGCGUCACCGUUUCCAUAUCCGGAUACCCCCCAAUAUGCGCAAUUCAGCGGUCCUCCCUCCACGCCGACAUCGUUUGCUCCUCCGUCUCAAUUGCCCCAUUACUCAGGAGCUGCUCCACAGCCACAACCGUCGUUCCCUACACAAAUACAAACGCCUCAAUAUCCUGCAUCUCAAGCGCCUUACAGCGAGCAUCCUCUUCCGUCUCAACAGCAACAGCCGAGUCGUUUCAGCUUUGGCCCGCAGUACCCUGAAACUGGUCUUGCGAGAGAGUAUUAUGGAUCGCAGGAGAAGCAGCCCGCUCAACGGCAGGGAUAUCAGCAGGAGUAUCCUGGGGAGCCACAAACGGUGUAUGGUAUAAAAUCAUCAAUAGACCAGCACCUCGCAUCACAACAGGGGUAUGUGGGGGGACAGCAAGGAUAUGUGGAGCAGACGUGGACUGAGGGGAGCGAGGGUCAGUAUUGGAGCUCGUAUCCUGCGCAGUCUCAACUGCGUUAUCAGGAGUGAUCCCCCCCUUCUUUUCUCUUCUUUUCUCUUCUCUUCCCUGCUCUUUCCUCAACUUCCAGAUCCAGAUCCUCGCCUAUGCAACUAAUAUCCUCGUUAUGCCCGCUAUGCCUUCAUGUCGCUUGUCAAUGCUUUCUCUCGCCAU